AUGACACCUAAAUGUUGUUUUCUAGGCUUCCUCAUCGGUGUCCUCCUGCCUGGUGUGGUAGAAACUCAGCCAGCCUACGAGUCUCUGAAACCUCAACGAGUACAUUUUCAGUCCCAAAAUUUUCACAACAUUUUGCACUGGCAGCCUGGGCGGGCUUGUCCCGGCAACAGCAGUAUCUAUUUUGUGCAGUAUAAAACGUAUGGACAGAGACAAUGGAAAGAUAAAGAGGACUGCUGGGGUAUUCAAGAGUUCUUCUGUGACCUUACCAAUGAAACGUCAGACAUAUGGGAACCUUACUACGGGAGAGUGAGGACGACCCUGGCUGGGGUCCACUCAGGCUGGACCAUGACACAGCGGUUCUUUCCCUGGUGGGAAACAAAAAUAGAUCCUCCAUUCAUGAAUAUAACUCAAGUUAAUGGAUCUUUGUUGGUGAAUCUCCACGCUCCCAAUUUACCAUAUAGGGACCAAAAAAGAAAAAAUGUAUCAAUGGAAUACUAUGGGCUAGUAUACCGAGUCUUUGUAAUUAACAAUUCACUGGAAAAGGAGCAAAAGGUAUAUGAAGGAGCUCACAGAGUUGUUGAAAUUGAAGCUCUAACACCUCACACUGGUUACUGUAUAGUGGCUGAAAUGUAUCAGCCCACAUUAGACAGAAGAAGUCAGAGAAGCCAAGAGAGAUGUGUGGAAAGUCCUUGA